AUGGCGGCGCAACAGCGCACGGGUCCGAACAAGAAGGAAUGGGCCCUCGACUUGGCCAAAUUCGUUGACAAGAAGAUCCGCGUGAAGCUGCAGGGCGGCCGGGAGGUCACGGGCGUGCUCAAGGGAUACGACCAGAUGAUGAACCUGGUCAUGGACGAGACGAUAGAGCACCUGCGGGACCCAGAAGACCCGCAGCGGGUCACUGACGAGACCAGGAACCUGGGCCUCAUCGUCGCGCGCGGCACCUCGGUCAUGGUCGUCCAUCCCACGAGCGGCGUCGAGGCCAUCAAGAACCCCUUCGCGGCGUAA